AUGAGCAGUCACCUCGGAAACUUGUCAGGGCCCGCAGGAAGAACCAAUUUCCUGAGAGUGACCUUGAACUUCCAAGGCAUCCAAGAUUUGGGUCGGAAGAGACAACUGCAAACAAGGGUCCUUGACAAGCUUAAGCAUUUGAAGAGCAAAAGUGGGAUUGAGGGUCAAGAUAACUGCAAUCUUUGGGUGACCAAAGACCGCUCUAUCGAGGAGCGCAUCAGAAUCAGGGCCUUGGUCCUGACCAAGAACUUUUAUGAGAAGCUACCACAACCCCCCGAACCUGAGCCUUGUCGACCCCCUCCCGAAAUCGUUUGGAGAGGACAGGUUUUUGUGGGUCAGCGCAGGAUGCUUAAGUGUAUGGACAACGGACAUGAGCCCACAGCCAACGAUCAGAUUGUGGAAGUUACUGGCAAGCCUAAGGAAGCUCUGCAACAGCUGUGGGCCGAUUACGGACCGGAUGCUACGCCCUUCGGCGCCGGCUCUGCCAUUGGCAUUCCCACUUCCUGGCUUGGUAAGGUAUGGCAACAACAGGUUGAAGAACUCAUUUCCUUUUGCAGCAAUAGGCAGAGGAGCGUUCCAGAACUCCAAAUGCGGGAAAUGGUGGACUCAAGGAGAGUCACUAGCUGCCGCUUUGUGGACACGCCCGAGAUUAAAGCUCUAAUCGCUAAGAGGAAGCUACUACGAGGCCGCGAGGCACGGGAGAUGGCCAAGCGGAUUGCAGACACUCGCAGACGGGCCAAAAGAGAAUGGCUUGCUUCUUUACUUCAGAAAAGUGCAGAAGGAGACUUCCGAGCCAUUGCGUAUUUCAAGAAGCGUAACACGGCCAUGUACACACAGGGGUCCUACUGCAUCCGAGCUGGUGGGCGCAGCAAAGCAAUCGCAGACCUCAGAUUCUUCUAUCAGCGCAAGUACACGCCUCCUGAUCCUACGCCGCCAGGACUGCCUCGUGCCAUUUUCCACGCAAGGGCGGGGCCCAUCCUGAAUCCCCGACCCUUCACGUUGGAAGAGAUCUGUGAUGUAGCUUUCAUGUGCAAGCACAACAAGAGCACAGGGGCUGAUGGCAUUUCCUAUGAAGCCUUGCAAAUGCUUCUACAAUCUGAAUUGUCGGAACACAUCUUGGAUAUGUACAAUGGCGUGCUCCAAGGACUGCCCAAAAGCCCUCUGACUCCCUGCGGAACAGACAUCCAUUGGGCGCAGAGCUUCAUCUUCUUGGGCAUUCUCAUAGGAUUUCAGCUCUCCUGCCAGGCUGUCCUCGCUGCCAGAAUGACUAAGAUCUUCGACGUCUUCAUCACGUCUCGUUGGAGAUGGCUCAGCCCGGCAGUCAGGGUCUCUGGAUUCUUGGAUAGCAAGAAGAAGAGCCAGCAGACUUGCCGCCCAACUGGCAGGUAUCCCCCCCAGUCUUUCAUUCCGAUUGCUGUCACACUCCGCAUCAGAGGGGCAGCCGACAGGGAGGUGUGGAAGCACUUCUCCACCGAUUGGAGCUACAAAAAUGAUGCACUUGCCACUCGUUUCUACUCCCAGUCUCCGGAAGAGGGGACUCUUCUUUUGACUGCAGUGAUCGGUGUGACCGUGAUGGUGCUCUUCGGAUGGGGAGCCCUGACGAGCUUUCUCCGAAGCCUUGUCACGACCAUGCAAGGGGCGGUCCGCGAACACCUGGCCGCCUUGCUGCAGGAACUCAACGAGCAGACAAAAAAGAGCCUUCUCCUGGAGAUCGGCAAUGCCACGGAGGAGAUGCAACACUCCCUCACGACCAGGCUGGAGAAGACCACGGAGAGCCUCGCGUCGCAGGUACACGACAUCCAGGCGGCAAUCAAAGGCCUCUCCGAUGCCCCUCGCGAGAGCCUGGAUACCCAUGCAUUUGGCGAGGAAUUUUGGGACAGCCUCCGCCCGGUGCUCACUCAAUGGUCUCAAGUCCAGGGUGACAAGAGCUUGAAGAUUCUGCAGGACUGGAUCGAUGGCGCUGCCCAAAACACUUCCACCCUCUCGGUGUCCACGCAGGCCCUCGAGGACAAGAUGAAGGACUUCCAUGCAGCAGUGAUGGCACAGCUGCAAGACCUCCAGGGCGCCGUUACAACGACGACCCUGAACAAGGUCGACAACCUCAACACGAAG